UUCAGGAUCUGUCUGCUUGAACUGCUGUGAUUCUGAACCCCUGAAGGUUUUUUCGCUUUUGAAAAGAUUUCUGCGUCUCAUCCCGAUCCCUCGAUGGGUUCUCGCAGCCAAGGCUUCUUCCACAACCAUCACAACCACCACCACCGCAGCUCCAUGGCGCCCGCCACCGUGCCGCGGCUGCUGCCCGAGAGCGGCAGCUUGCUGGGAGGCAUCGCCCAGAUCACCCCCAACCUGUUCCUCAGCCGGGGCAACGUGGCGUCCAACCGCAGCCUGCUACUGUCCAAGGGCAUCACCUGCGUGGUCAACGCCACCAUCGAGCUGCCCAACUUCAACUGGCCUCACAUGGAGUACGUCAAGGUGCCGCUGGCCGACAUGCCUCACUCCCCCAUCUCCCUCUACUUCGACAGUGUGGCCGACAAGAUCCACAGCGUGGGCCGCAAACGGGGGGCGGUUCUGGUGCACUGCGCGGCCGGGGUGAGCCGCUCGGCCUCGCUGUGCCUGGCGUACCUCAUGAAGUACCACCGCGUGUCUCUGGCCGAGGCUCACGCCUGGGUCAAGGCCCGCCGGCCCGUCAUCAGGCCCAACGGGGGCUUCUGGCGCCAGCUGAUCGAGUACGAGAGGAAGCUGUUCGGCAGGAACUCUGUGAAGAUGGUGCAGACGCCGUACGGGGUCAUACCUGACGUUUACGAGCGGGACCGCAGGACCCUGGCUCCGUACUGGGGCCUGUGAGCGUCAGCCCCAAAGGCCACGGCGAAGCUAGGUCCAGACCUCUUCUGGUCCAGUCAUUGCGUUGGGAGCAGGGCGACUUCCAGACCGUAGCGCUAACAUACAUUAAACUUGGACGAUGGUACUAUCUAUUUCCCGGUCACCCGCUACGAAGAUGAGUGUCCUCGAGCCUCAGCGGCGCCGACGGUGAUGACCUUUCCCCCGACGUGGUGUCAUGUGGUGGUUCUGUGUCAGUUUCUGUAAUACUUAGUGUGAAGAGCAGCAGCACGCUCUCAAUUUAUGGUAGCAUUUAAGACAAGUGUGCAAAAAAUUAAAAAAAAUAAUAAAAUAGGCAAUUUAUUUUAUUGCUGACAGGAGAGAGGGUUAUGAUGCACUUUAACCUCAGAGAUGUCACGGCUGCAUUUUUGAAGGCGAAAAAGAUGAAAUCUGGACGUGAAGGUUUUCAGUGAAAGCUCCUGUGUAACACAGGGUUCCUUUCUGUGACCACACUAUGUUAUUGUAGUGCUUAUCUGACGCUGUAUUAAAAAAUAUCUGCUGCUUCAGAGAAGUGGUAGCUCCGUG